UCUCUACAACUCUCAUAACCUUCAUUCAAAUAGAACCCCCUUUGAAGAAAACUAGGUUCUUUCAUGGAGGCUGCUGCUCCUGCUUUUGGCCGUCCAAGGCCUGUCGUCAAGCCCGAGAAGCCUGCCGGAGAUAGCGACGACGAUCGGAAUUCUCCCUCUAACCAACCUCUCCUUAUCAAGAAAGAGAAUCAAGGAAAAGAAGAGCAUGAAAGUGAAGAUAAAACGAGCCACUCAUCCAAUCAAAAGGAUGAUUUAAGCUGCACCAAGAUUCAGGAAGAACAAUUGGAAUCCGCGCGAACAGAGAUGGGGGAAGUGAGAGAAGAAAAUCAGAGACUAAAGAUGAGUUUAGGUCAAAUCAUGAAGGAUUACGAAGCCCUAAAAAUGCAAUUCCUGGGGAUUGUCGGACGGGAAGCGAAGAAAUUACCAGAACACGACAAGGAACAACGACAGCGUCCCCACGAUGAUCAAACAGAGGAAACUGAACUGGUUUCAUUGACGCUUGGGAGAUAUCCAAUGGCGGAGAAGAAGAAGGCGGCCGAGGAGAAGAAUAUCAAUGGAGGCGACAAGGAAGCAGUUGUCAAACAGGCUUUAUCUCUUGGUUUGAACUGCAAAUUCGAGCAGGAAUCAACGCCGGCGACUGUUAAAGAAGCUAAUUCCCCAAAUCGGAGUUUAACUAAUAGCAUUGAUCAUGAGACGAAGGAGGAUGCUGGCGAGACAAAUUGGCCGCCGAGUAAAGGAUUGAAGACGAUGCGAAGCGUCGACGAUGAUUCUCUCCCGACGAAUCCGCCCAAGCGCGCUCGGGUCUGCGUUAGAGCCCGAUGCGAAACCACCACGAUGAACGACGGGUGCCAAUGGCGGAAAUAUGGGCAAAAGAUAGCGAAAGGAAACCCCUGUCCACGAGCAUACUACCGCUGCACAGGCUCGCCGACAUGUCCUGUUAGAAAACAGGUCCAGAGAUGCGCCGAUGACAUGUCGAUUUUAAUAACUACCUAUGAAGGUAACCAUAACCACCCAUUACCAGCCUCUGCCACCGCUAUGGCUUCCACCACCUCCGCCGCUGCUUCCAUGCUCCUCUCUGGCUCCUCCACCUCCUCUGCUCCAAACACGACGGCGGCGGCCUCCUCCUCCUCCUCCUCAUCUAACCACGCCCUAAGCUUUUACUCAAAUUCAAAACAGAACUUUUACAUACCCAAUAACUCCUCGAUCAUCUCAUCCACUUCCCCAACUCACCCAACAAUCACUUUGGAUCUCACUUCAAAUCCUUCUUCGACCUCAAAUCCCUCGACCCAUUUUGGUAAAUUCCCAUCCAGUUUCCCCAAUUCUCGCUACCCUUUUACCAGUCAACUCGAUUUCGGAUCUUCCAGAAACAAUGUCUUGUCGUGGAAUAACGGCGUUCUUAGUUACAACAGAAAUAACCACCCCACUACUACACCCACUAAUAAUAUCUAUCAAAAUUACAUCCAACACCAACGAAACACCGCCAUGUCACUGCCACAUCAGCAACCGCCAUUACCCGACACAAUCGCCGCCGCCACUAAGGCCAUCACAGCCGACCCCAGCUUCCAAUCUGCUCUCGCCGCCGCUCUUACAUCCAUCAUCGGCUCUGGGGGCACCAGCGCCGGUACCGUAAAGUCAUCGGCAAGAGGCGAACAACCAUUGUUUCAGUUGACAUCGACAGCGACAACCACGACGAAUAAAGGGAAUGGAUGUGGGACGAGCUUCUUGAGCAAUAUUACGACAUCAGCGACACCAAGUAAUUCUCCGCCGACGGGAAAUAUGGCAUUUGUUCCGGCGAGUUCAUUGCCGUUUUCGAAUCCAAAGAGCGCAUCGGCAUCUCCCGGUGAUCAUAUUGAUCUUACCAAUUAAUUUGAUUAAUUGGGUCGUCUUUGCUCGAUUUUAGGGUAUAUUUAUAUAAAUUAUUUUGGGUAAUGCAAAAGUGUAAAUUAAUAAACAUGGUUAGUGGGGGAUUAGCCAUAGCAUUUGUGAAAUUUAUUGAUAGCUUGUUAAAGAUUCGAAUUCAGAAAGUCUCUGUAAAUGU